UAGGAUUUCCCGUAAGAACUAGGAGUACCACGAAACACAAAAAUGGAGUAGAUAUAGUUGGAGUGUUACUAGAGUGCUCUCAUGCCGGUAGUAGAUCUACUAGGUCAAAAAAUCAAUUGAAGCCUCAACCUUCAAUGCAAAUGGGAUGUGGAGCAAAAAUACGAGCACACACAAAUUAUGCGGGACAUUGGGAAAUUUCAAAAAUCUGUCUUGAGCAUACCCAUGCCAUGAGUCCAACUAAGGCUCGCCUAUUCCGGUGCUAUAGGACUUUGACUCCCCAAGCAAUGAGGCAAGUUGCAAUCAACGAUGUGGCCGGAAUACGACUUCAUAAAACCUUCAAUGCAGCCGUUGUUGAAGCCGGUGGGUAUGAUCAACUUCCUUUUAUUGAAAAAGAUUGUAGGAACUACAUUGAAAAGGUAAGACAACUUAGGUUAGGGAGUGGUGAUGCCAUGGCACUUCAAGAGUUUUUUUCUACAAUGCAAGCUCAAAGCCCCGGAUUUUUCUAUGUCCUUGACUUAGAUGACGAGUCCCGAUUGCGUAAUGUGUUUUGGGCUGACAGUCGAUGUAGAUAUGCAUACAAAGACUUUGGAGAUGUGAUAACCUUUGACACAACCUAUCUCACGAAUCGGUAUGACAUGCCUUUUGCACCAUUUGUAGAUGUGAUAACCUUUGACACAACCUAUCUCAAGUUUGCUAGGUUGCGGAUUAAUCUCUAAUGAAGAUACGCAAACAUUCGUAUGGCUAUUCAAAGCAUGGCUUGAGUGUAUGGAAGGACGUGCUCCGAUGGGCAUUAUUACGGAUCAAGACCGUGCAAUGCAAAACGCCAUCCAAAUUGUUUUUCCAAAUACAAGAAACUGAUGGUGCCUAUGGCAUAUUAUGAAAAAGGUACCGGAAAAAAUGGGAGGCAUUACAGAAAAAAAGAAAUCUUGGAUGCUAUUCAUGAAUCCAUUUAUGACUCGCAAUAUAUUCCACAAUUUGAGCAAAGUUGGAAUGACAUGAUACAAAGGUAUUCCCUACAAGAUCAUGAAUGGCUUGUAGUGAUGUACAAUGAAAGACACCGGUGGGUGCCAUGCUUCUUAAAGACAUUUUUCUGGGCGGGUAUGUCUACCACUCAACGAAGUGAAAGUAUCAAUGCUUUUUUCGAUGACUUUGUGCAUUCCAAAACUAGUCUUAAGGAAUUCGUUGAACAAUACGGACGUGCAUUACGAAAGAAGGUAGAAAAAGAAUUUCACGCCGAUGCUAGUUCGUUUGCAAAAACAAUUCCUUGUGUUUCAUCAUUUGAAAUGGAAGAACAAGUCCAAGAAAUUUAC